AUGUCAGGAGACAUUGUGGGAGUGUGGGAGGUGUCGCUGAGCGAUGGGCUUUACCACAUUGAGUUUGAACAUGGAACAACAACAGGGAAACGUGUUAUUUACAUAAAUGGAAAGGAGGCCCUGAGAAGGGAUUGGAUGUUCAAACUGGUGGGCAGAGAGACAUUUCCUGUUGGGAGCGCAGAUACAAAAGCAACCAUAAACAUCGAGGCAAUAAAUGGGUUUGCCUAUGAGUACACGCUGGAGAUCAAUGGAAAACAUCUUCAAACAUUUUUGGACAAUCGUUCAAAAAUUUCCAAAACGUGGGUGCUCAAACUGGAUGGUAAUGAUUGCAGGAUAGUUCUGGAAAAGGACACUAUGGAUGUGUGGUGCAAUGGACAGAAAAUGGAUACUAUGGGGGAAUUUACAGAUGAUGGAACUGAGACGCACUUUGCAGUGGGAAACCGUGAAUGCUGCAUAAAAGCAACAACCAAUGGAAGGAAACGAAGCAAAAUAGUUCAUUCCCUUCUGGUUGAUGGAAUCAGGAUAGAGGAGACCAUUGAGUAA